AUGAGUUUGGCAGAUAGCCGUGACUACAUGAAAGUGAAGCAGGCUGUUCUCGACAAGUUCAACAUCAGCGCCGAGACUUACCGCCAACGUUUCCGGUCCAAGACCGUUGUGGCGGGUGAGACGGCGAAAGAACUUCAAGCCCGGCUGAAGGACCUGAUGGGGAAAUGGCUAGUUCCAGAGUUGCUGACCAAUGAGGAAGUGUGUGACCGAAUCGUGUUGGAGCAGUUCCUGGACAUGCUGCACCCUGAGCUUCAGGUAUGGGUGAGAGAGCGCACCCCUGCCUCGUCAGCGCAAGCUGCAGACCUGGUGGAGACCUUCAUGGCCGCCAGGCAAUCCAGAAGAGGCCCACAACAGCAGGACUGGAGAAGACCCUACCAAGCAGCCCAGCGGGAGCCAGACAAGACAUUCUCUGGUAAGUCUGUGGGUGGUAGUGGUCGUGUGUUUAAACCCUCCAAUAGCCCCGGUGUUAGCACCAUUCCGGCUAGAGCACCUAGGGUACUUGUAUGCCAUGGUUGUGGCCAGCCGGGUCACAUUAGGCCCAAUUGCACAGUGCAAAGAAUGUCUGAUUCCAGAAUAUGUUACAUACCUGGCCAUAGCAAGCACUUAUCUGGUACUUCUUCCGAUGUAACAGUCCCUGUGAAGAUAGGUGGAAAGACAGUUCAGGCUUUAGUUGAUACAGGAAAGAAGUACCGCAGGCAUCUACGGAUUCUCUCCCUCGAACUCUUGUUCGGACGGGAGGUGAGAGGCCCGCUGGACAUCCUCCGGAGAGUUGGGAGGGGGACGCCUCGCCAACCAACUAACAUCGCGAGCUAUGUCCUGAAGAUGAGGGAGAAACUGGACCAGCUGAGCUCCAUGGCCCACAAACACCUGGCCCGGGCUCAGACCGAGGCAGAAGACGUGGUAUGA